UGCCAUCACCUCCUCUUCAAGAUACCCCACGGCGCACGGCAUUGGCUCGGUCGCGCGUCCUUGCUUUCCUCCCUCCACGCUCUUCUGGCGCAAGUCGCGCCUUCCGGCGGUCACAGCAGCUGUCAGCUGCUUCUCGCUCCUAAUCACCAGUUGACCCUGCGCUGGCGAGCUGCCCUUUGCCGACAAUCGGAACGUCAACGCGCACUUCCUACACCACACAUCCUCUCGGAGCUCUGCAUGAGCUGCCCUCAUUGGUGAUAGCCACCUUUGAUCCUCCAACGCGUCUUCGCACCUCUCGACGCUGCUACGCUUAAAGCCGGCGAGCAGCUGUAACGCCGAGAUGAAUCCAGCGCAUCGCGAAGGAUGGCCCCCGACGCAAUCGCAAGCGUCGGGGCCUGGCCAACAACCAACAGAGCAAGUGCAAGGUCAAACUCAAACGUCUCGGCCACUGGGCUCCUUCGGUCCCGCCAAUGCGACCCAACAGCCGCAGUCCCACACGUCACCGGCCCAGGGCCCGGCGCCUGUACUCCCUCCUCCUUCUGGAGGACCUUUCUACCCCUCCAACGGUGCGUCACAGCAUAGCCAGAGUCUCCCUAGCUUAGCAGGUCUUACGGGACAACCCCCCCAGGCGUCUCCGCACAUGUCCACCCAGCGUCCGCCAUCCUCUGAGGCUGCUCCUAUUGCAACGAAUGCUCAACCUGCCUCUCAGGGACCACCGUACUCGUUGCCUGGUCUCUCGCAGACUCUGCAACAGCAACAGCCACACGGCCCCCCGCCAGGCCAGGCGAACGCAGAUCGCGAGCGAGAGCAUCGCGAACGAGAGACGAGGGAGCGAGAGAUGAUGGAAUCGCAUGCCGCUCAGCAGCACGCAGCACAGCAAGAGGAACUGGUGAAGCGCGAGGCUGAACAGCGAGAACGCGAGAUUCGAGAGCGACAGCAGCAGGAACAGGUGACACACGAGAACCACGCUGCGCCCAUUCAGAUACAUCAGCCGGUGGCAGUCGCGCCUUCAACGCGGACGGUCCACGGCCCGAAUGGACUCUUGGGACAAUCAGGACCUUUGGGCGGACCGGCGAUGACGGCACCGAAUGCCCCGAACAACAUCUUUGGAGGCGCAGUUGUCCAGCCUGUCCAGCAGGGCGAGACCACUCCGAGGAUGCAGCACGCCGUCCAGCCUCCGCCGCAACCAUCCAUGCUCAUGCCCUUCGCUGGGCCCCAAAGCGCCGCUGCAGCAAUGGCCAUGGGCCAAGGACAGCAGCCCAUUCUGAAUGAUGCACUCAGCUAUCUCGAUCAAGUCAAGGUCCAAUUUGCGGAACACCCUGAUGUGUACAACCGGUUUCUGGACAUCAUGAAGGACUUCAAGAGCGGUGCGAUCGACACCCCCGGUGUAAUUGAGCGGGUAUCGACGCUCUUUGCUGGCAACCCAAAUCUUAUCCAGGGCUUCAAUACCUUUCUCCCCCCUGGCUACAAGAUCGAAUGCGGUACGAAUGGCGAUCCCAAUGCAAUUCGUGUUACCACGCCGAUGGGUACAAUGGUGUCCACUAUGCCCGCUCCGCGGCCCCUCUCUCCACCCCGAAACGCAGCUGUGAACGGCAAUGCGCCACCCACGGAGACUACUUUCUACGAUGGUCAAGGGCGGUGGGCACAGAACAUUAGGGACAUUCGCCCUCCCCAAGCUGCAGAGGCACAGGACCCUGCUUUCUCCCCGAACGCUCGUAACCUAGGUCAAGCAUUGUUUGGUCCGCAACAAGGCCAAGUUGGCCCCGCGCCUCUCUCUCCAGAGGCUACAGCUCGUCCCCACCCUGAUGCUGCUGCUUCGGCUGCGACUCUCGCGCAUCAACAGGAGCAACGUGGUGUAUCUCAACUGCAGAACGCUGUCUCCGCUGCUGCUGGACGCUCGAUCUUAUCACCUGGCGGUGACAUCUCAACGCCAAUGGCGGGACAGGCACUGAACGGUGUUGCUCAAGGCGCUCAAGGAGGUGCUGGUGCUGAGAAGCGUGGCCCGGUUGAGUUCAAUCACGCUAUCAGCUACGUGAACAAGAUCAAGAAUCGGUUCGCGUCCCAACCAGACAUUUACAAACAAUUUCUCGAAAUUCUCCAAACAUACCAACGCGAGUCAAAGCCCAUUCAGGAUGUUUAUGCGCAAGUCACAAACCUCUUCGGCGCUGCCCCAGAUCUGCUGGAGGAUUUCAAGCAAUUCCUGCCCGAGUCGGCGGCUCAGCAUCGAGCCCAGCAAGCCGCGCGUCACAAUGAAGAAGCUGCCAUGCUGAGCAAUGCACGAGGAGACGCAGGGUACGGUCAAGCACCCAGCCAUCAACAAACACCCCGCGCGGAUACUUCACGUUUGCCACCAAUGGGCAAUUUUGCACCCACCCCCACAGCAAACCGGGACAACAAGAGGAAACGUGGUGAACGUCAAGGCGCAGGUGCAGCCGCAGCAACUAUGCCUACUCCCAUGCCACAAGACGUCCAGCAAUCUAGUGUACGCAGUACUUAUGGACAAGGAACUGCUAGUAAGCGCGCCAAAACAGGCCAUGCGAAGCAACCCAUCGUCGUGGAUGCAGCGCCAUUGUCCCCGACACUCAUUCCAGCACCGCCGGCACCAAUGCCUCCAACUACGACAUCGAACCCCUCUCAGGAGGAUUUGGCCUUCUUCGAUCGAGUCAAAAAGUUCAUCGGCAACAAGAACACCAUGAACGAGUUCCUGAAGCUAUGUAAUCUUUUCUCUCAGGAUCUGAUCGACAAGAGCUUGCUCCUAUACCGUGCUCAGUCAUUUAUUGGUGGCAAUCAAGAGCUUUACGCGUGGUUCAAGAGGUUCCUUGGCGAGGACGAAGAGCAAUCGUCAACGCAGCCUAAGACCGUGAACUCCCGCGUGUCUCUGUCCAACUGCCGCAGCUUCGGGCCCAGCUACCGAUUGUUACCCAAGCGGGAGCGCGAGCGGCUCUGCAGUGGCCGAGAUGAGCUUUGCCGAUCUGUCCUGAACGACGAGUGGGCCUCGCAUCCGACCUGGGCAUCUGAAGACUCCGGCUUCGUCGCUCAUCGCAAGAAUCAAUUCGAGGAAGGACUCCACAGAAUUGAGGAGGAGCGUCACGACUACGAUACAAACAUCGAAGCAUGCAGUCGGACGAUCCAGCAGCUUGAGCCAAUCGCCGGCCAGCUUCUUACGAUGAAGCCCGAAGAUCGAGCCAACUUUGUCCUCCCCCCUGGUCUUGGUGGCCAGAGCGAGACCAUCUACAAGAAAGUCAUUAUGAAGAUUUACGGUCGAGAGCGAGGUGCGGAGGUCAUUCGUGAGCUCUUCCAAAUGCCCUGGAGUGUAGUCCCGGUCCUUCUCCAUAGGCUGAAAGCGAAACUCGAGGAUUGGAAGGCGGCCCAGCGCGAGUGGGAGAAGGUCUGGCGGGAUCAGACGCAGAAGAUUUUCUGGAAGUCGCUCGAUCAUCAGAGCUUGACCGUCAAAGCAAAUGACAAGCGCCAGUUCCAACCGAAAACGUUGCAGAACGAGAUUCAGGUCCGAUACGAAGAACAAAAGCGGCUUCAGGAGAUUCAAGAGAUCACUCAGCCCGACUAUCAGUUCAAGUUCUCGUUCCCAGACGAGGAUGUGCUGUACGAUGUCGCGCACCUCAUCUUGACCUACGCUGAAAACCUCCCCGGCGAUUACUCCAAAGUCACUCCCUUCAUCAAGGAGUUUGUGCCACUGUUCUUUGGCAUUGACAGUGCUAAGUUCGAACAACAUGUUCAGGUAUUUGCUCGGGAGUCCUCGACCAACGGAUCGGGUGAGGACACGCCAAGCGCCGAUGAAGACGUCUCCCAACGCGCACAGAAACACAAGAAGGGAGACUUGCGCCGCGACGUACUGGACCCCCGUGGCAAGUCCCGCAAAGACAAGGAGGGCAGCACUGCCUCUGUCAGCCGCGACAGCUCACCUGGCGCGACAUCUGCGGGAGAGGAGGAGGCGGCCGUCCAGAGCUCGAACUCUGCAAGUCGCGAUGAACGGCCCUCCGUAACGUGGGUUUCUCACACUACCGAGCAAGUCAGCAACCGAGACCCCGAUCCAGAGGAACCUUACCGCCGCAGCGAGUACAACAUGUAUGCGAACGCAUCCAUCUACAACUUCUUCCGCAUGUUCGUCUUUCUUUACGAACGACUCUACAAGCUCAAGGAACGAGAGGUCGAGGUACGCAAGAUCGUCACCCGUGCUCAAAUGUACAAGCCGGCCCACGAGCUCAAGAUGGUGGAUAAGAUGCCCUCGGACUUUUUCAAAGACACUUCGGAUGGCGCGAACUACUAUCAGCAAGUGUUGGAAAUGCUUCAGGACCAGAUCAGUGGCGAGGUCGACAUGGCCCAGAUUGAAGAGACACUUCGCCGAUACUACCUCCAAGUUGGGUGGCAGCUGUACUCCUUUGAUAGGUUGCUCAAUUCGCUCGCCAGGGCAUGCGGCAAUGUCGUCAACAACGACAGCAAAGAUAAGAGUCUGGAUAUCUACAACCUCUUCAGGAAAGACCGGGUCAACGACACGACUACGCACCGGGCGGAGAUUGCCUACAGGAAGCAGGUCGAGAAGUACAUCAAGGACGCCGAUACUUAUCGCAUCACCUUUGAUCCAAGCCAAAUGGAGGCAUACGUGCGACUCUUCAAGAAGGAUGACCCGACGUUCGAAUUCAACCAGCUUGACAAGAUUCGCAGUUGGCGAGCUUAUGUCGCAUCCUACAUGGCUGUCGAGCCCACGGAAACCCUUGAGUUCAACAAGCUUCGACAUCCAUACUUAAGUAAACGCUUGGCAAAGAUCGAAGAUGUGAACGAGGACGACCGCUUCGACACCUUGAAGUCAGAAGACAAAAUCACCGUCUCCAUCAUCCCAGAGACAUACACGAUGAAAUUCAUCGCGAGCGAGCCUCUCGGAACCGGAGGCGUACAGUACUUUGUGCAGCCCGACGAGAUUCGUUCCGGUGCUGGUUCCAAGGAGGACUACGAGGCCUUCGUGGAGUCACACAAGGAGCGCGCCCAGGAGUUCUUUGUGCGCAACAACGAGUGGAUGAAAAACCUUGACCGCGACGAGGUGGACAAGAACAAAGCCAAGUUCAGGAAGGACUUGGACGAGCCUCAGAAGGUUGAAGACGUGGAGAUGGGUGAUUCCUAAACGCGCGUAUAACAUCAUGCGCGCAAUCUGUUUCAUUCUUCCAGAUGGAGUGGUUUUCGGAAUUACGAAGUCUUAUUUACGCCAAUUGACUUGGUUUUCAUGUCACUGUAAGCUAGGGGUUUUUGUAAUGUGCGCAUGGCAUCUGCGAGGUUGGGGUACGGCGCGCAAAACAUACCACACGGGAACGACUUGUGGGCUUGCCUGGGGUUUGGUAGUUGCUGCGCUCCUUUGAUACACCCGGCUACUCUCUAUAUCCACUUGCAGUUUUAUGUCUCUUUUCUUUGGAAAAUACAAUCUUGGGCUUCG